UAGCGGACCGUGAACCAAUCAACGGGUACACAGCAGCGGACAGGCAAGGUUGUUUCUCGGCGAACAGCUACGACCACAGCAGCAGAGGAGGUAUUGGAUACAGGCGGUAUACUACGACUGCAGCACCAUGGGGAGCUGUGCAAGUAUAGGAAAAUGUGUGCUGAUACUGCUCAAUGUUAUUUUUGUGAUCAUCUCCCUGGCGCUGAUUGCUGUGGGGGCGAUCCUCAAGUUCUUCCCUGGGAUGCUCAUGUCGUUCCUCAUGGCCGGCAUCUCGUCGGUGUCUGGAUUCAGCAAACCCGGAAGUUCUGCUGACUUGACCUCGAUUCCCCUCAUCGAUGACCUGGGCGUCGCACUUCUUGUCUUUGGAGCCGUUCUGUUCCUGAUUUCGUUCCUGGCAUGUUGUGGAGCCUGUUGCAAGUGGAGGCCGUUUCUUGUCGUAUUUGUAGUGUCUAUGACAAUACUCAUCAUCACCCUGGCGACGGUAGGGGGACUCUUCCUGACCAAGACGUCCACACUGCACAGCUCAAUCAGGACCAGUCUCAAGACGAAGGUUCGGAAUGAGUACCAGGGACCAGAAAGCGAAGACAUCUUCUCCCUCAUCAUCAACGUCCUCUCCUACGGCUUCCAGUGUUGCGCCAUUAACGGCCCCGACGACUUCGACCCCAAAGCUUCCUGGAGGACCUACACCUAUGGCAUCCACACCGUCACUGUCGACGUGUCCCCGGCAUGCUGUAUACCGGAAGUACUCAAGACCGACACUCAACUUGACUGUGCCAAGGAGAAUGGCGCCGGAGAAUUUGACUUGAAGAAAACCAAUACACAGGGCUGCUAUGACAAGAUCCUGAAGCUGGUGGAGGACAACCAGUUGUACGCCAUCUUGGGCCUCGUGGGGCUGCUGCUGCUGCUGUUGCUGGAAGUUAUUUUCUCCAUCGUUCUCAUCAUAGACAUAAACAACAAGGCCAAAGUAGGACCCAUCUAACCGACCGCUGGAGUACAGGCCUACAGC